AUGAUCAGGAUCCUGAGGCUGCUACCGGGUGAAUGGUCGGACCCACUUCGGUGUGAACUCCACUCCAGUUACAUCUGCAAAGACAAUCAACCAUACAUGAUUCACUACCCAAACCCAUUGGGCGAGCAUCCGACGUACGAAGCACUUUCUUAUACAUGGGGCGAUAUGUCCACGACUACGACAAUGGAUCUUUGUGGGCAUCCUUUCAGCAUAAGCAACAAUCUCGAAUCCGCUCUUCGACACCUGCGACAGGAUAGUGAAUGGAGAGAUCUUUGGGUUGAUGCGAUCUGCAUCGACCAAAGCAAUAUGCCAGAACGCAGUGCACAAGUCCUCAAGAUGGCAGAGAUCUACCGGCACGCUUCCAAAGUGAUAGUGUGGUUAGGUGAAGAAAGUAGCGAUAGCAACCUUGCCAUG